AUGUCCUUGCCCCUUCCGCCGACGCUCGCUGCUCGCGCACUGCUUACCGCUUGCGGCGCCAUCUUCUGCACAUCUGGCCUCGUCGGCUUCAACGUUCUCGUGCCCGGACUGGGCGAAAGGUUUGGCGGCGAAACUGCCAGUGGGGCAGAGCGUAUGGCUUACGGUGCGUCUCUCUCGAUGCUCGCAUCCCUUGUGCUUUGCCCUGUCAACUUCCUCACCGCGCGAGCGAUUGGCGCCGGCACUCUCUCCGCACCUCGUGCCUGCCUCUACGCCUCAAUGGCUGGAGUAGUUGGCCUGGGCGGGGCCGGACUCGGCGUCCUUCUCGAGCAGUACUGGCUCUCGCUCCUGUCCUUUGGUCUUGGGCAAGGCGUCUCGCUCGGCGCGUCCUACAUCGCACUGCUCGCCGUGACGCGCGCGUGGUUUGCGAAACUCGGCAGGCCGGGGCUCGGCUUUGGUCUCCUCGGGGCUGCGAUGGGCGUCGCCGCCGCCGUGUUUGCUGCAGCCGCAGAGCUGCUGCUUCGCUCCUUUGGGAUCGGAGAGACCUUGGUCAUCCUGAGCGUUGGUGGGGAAGCGCCUCGCACGCUGCUGCGCUCCGGACGCUUCUGGCUCUUUGCGCUUGGCCUCCUGCUUGCGCUGCUGCCAGGCUGGGGCUUCAAGCUGCUCGUCUCGUCCCUGCUGAGCGCGCGGUUCGACACCGACCUGGAGACGGGAACCAAGGUGACUACUCUAAGCCUGCUGCUCUACGCGGGGUCUCGGCUUGCGGCCGGCUGGUUGACCGACUGUGUGCCCGCGACAGCCAUGUACUCGGCCACACUCGGAAUUCAGCAGGUGUUGGUCGGCCUGCUUGCCAGCAUGGCCUCCGUGGGCGUGCCGGAGGCCUCGCUUGAGGCCUUUAGCGGCCUCCAGGUGUGCAUCACGAUGUGCUUUGGAUUUCUCAAGACGCUCUACCCGCUGGUGGUCGGCUGGAUCUGGCCUAAUGACAUGAUCGCGAUCGGCCUGGUGGCGCCCUGCUUUGGCCUCGCAGGCGCCAUUGGCCCCGCCGUCUACCUAGUCUCCCUCGCCAGCCGCGGCGGGGAGGAGGCGGCCCUCCUCGUCCUGACCGCGCUCCAGCUGCUCGCCGUCGUCUUUGUGUCCGCGGCCAUGGCCAGCCGCCUUUGGAUUCGAAGCGGCAGUGGGAGCCACUCUCCGCCUCGCGCAACCGCCCCCGAGGCGCCAAAAGAGCCAGAAAAGGAGGGGGUAGCGGGUGAGUGCACUGCCGUCGCGAUCAAAGUUUGGUCAGUGUGA